CUUCACUUUAACACUCUGGUCAAGUCCCCCAACAGCUAAGCAAAGCAUCAGCCAGGGGAGGAGGAAAUUAUGGAUAGAAACUCUGCAGCAUGUCCAAUCGAGGGCCGUGGAGCUGCAUCGGAGCAAGCGAGCGAUAGUUUAGAAAAUUUGAACAAUGUUCAAGCUUUAUCAGCCCAAUCAAACACAUUGCACAGAGAACAAGUGGCUCUUCUUCAAGCUCUUGCUCGACAGGAUCAAGCGAAAAGGAAAGCAAAGAAAAAGUCCCGGGUUCGAAGAACAUCCGGAGUAAUCCAACAAGGGGAUCGUAGGAUCCAUUUGAUGAGACCAGGCCGUCAACCAGACCCAGGCAUGGCAAAAACCCUGGUACAUAACCUCUGGAAGAAAAGGAUCUCAACAGAACCAUCGUGGCCAUCACCAAUGGCUGCAUUACUGCCGAAGGAAAGAAAUAUGGCAAUCGCACAUCAGAAGAAAAUGGAAGCAGAACAGCGCGAGGAAUUGAGAAAUCGUGCUGCAAUGCUGCAGGCAGAACAACAACAAAUACUUCAUAACUUACCCAUUGAGCAAAUACCAUCUGAAUACUUGGAAGGUGCAAGAGCAGCAGAACUUUGUCCACCAGAACCCUGCCCCACAAGAGGAUCAAGGCAACAAAGAUCAUCAAGGGGACCCGCACCAGUUGCAACUGGAAGAAGACCACCUACCAGAGGAACAAGAAGGUCAUCCAGAUCAGAAUCCACACUUUCAGAACAAAAAGAUAAAGAAGAACGGGCUAAAAAACAGAGUUUGAAAGAAGAAGAACAACUUCUGAAAAAACUGACAUCAAAACAGAAGCAAGUUGUUGAUAUCGAAAUGCAAAAAUUGAAGCAAGAAGAAGCAGCUCUCCUGAGAAAUUUAGAGAUUCAGCGCCAACAGGAUGCAAGAUGCAAGAGAAGGAAGGACGUUUUCAAAAAGAAACCAGUUGAAAAACGGUGCACAAAGCAUGGAAAAAAGGUUGCUAAAACACAAAGGGGAGGGGGGCACGACCAAAAAAUCGUCAAAGCCGAAAAGGUGCAAGACCAAAAACUCAUUAAAGAGAAGGCGGAAGUUCAACGAUAUGAAAAGGAUUGGCUGAAGAUUGAAGAACAUGAAGUCCAUCAAAGACAGAGGUUACUGGAUGAACGAGCUUCAAAAAUAGAAAACUUGGUUCAGAAUAUGAAUGCUGAUAUGCAAGAUCAGUGGCAAGAUCUUCAACACGAUCUGCACGAUGAGCGAGAAAAACUACAUUGUGAUCAAGACUAUCUUGAGACCAUAAAGAGAGAACAAGAGGAACUGGACUACUUUGAACAACAAGAGGUUGAAAUGCAAGAGUUGGACGAAUUUGAACGACACGAGAGAGAAAUUGAAGAAAUGGAGGAAUAUGAACCGGAGCCAGGCGAUGAUGAUGAAGCUUGCGAAAGAGUUCCACCAGAAUAUCAAACCUACAACGCAGUGGAUAUGUCCUCCUUCGCCCAGUCAAAUCCUGUUGACAUGACGAGGAAUUAUCAACCAUUGCCUCCAUUACCCUACAUGCCCGAAGAGCCUAUCUCCACAGAGGACUUCUGCAUUUUUCCCGGUUAUUGAAAAGGAAAGCAGAGACACUGACAUGGACUGCCCAUUCAUGAGAUCAAACAAAAGUUGAGGAACAUGGGUUAUAAUCCAACGACCCAUUGCAGAUACUUGAAAAUCACGUGGUAUCUUUGUGCAAUGUCCUCAGUGUGCAAUAACAAAGCAAUAAUCAGUCCAACAAGAAUGACGGUCAACAAAUCAGAAGAACCUGCUCAACUGCCAGAGAACAAUGUCAUGAAUAAGACCUCCCCAGCUGUAAAAGAACUUGACCUACAGAAGUUACCACAAAUUUCAAUCAAUAAACCGUGGUAGAACU